GACAGCUCUCAUUAGCUUGUGAAGAUGCUUGUCGCCUCCAUGGGGACUGUGAUGAUGUCCCAGAUGUGGAUGCUGAGAUGGGUCGUCCUGCUGGUGGGGCUGCAGUCCAUACAAGCAGAUUUUAUGCAUGAUUAUGGAGGUACGGCAGAUCCUAUAGACUUUAUCUGGCCAGCAACUACAACCACAGCGUUCUCCACAAGUGUGCCAGUAACUACCGUUGGACCGAAUCCUGAUCACCAGUCCACGAUCUGCAGCACAUGGGGAAAUUUCCACUUCAAGACAUUUGAUGGUCAUUUCUUUCAAGUGCCAGACACGUGCAACUACGUUAUGGCGGUGAUGUGUGACACCACGACUUCUGAUUUUAACAUCCAAAUGCAAAGAGAGACUGUAAAUGGCUCAAUCACUUUUAGCAUAGUGACAAUAAAGCUGGAAGGGACAGUCAUCAAACUCAUUAACGGCGACAUCACAAUGGGGGAAGAAAUGGUGUCUGUUCCGACCUAUAAGAAUGGAAUUAAAAUCGAGGGAAGUUCAACAAGUGUCAAGAUCUCAAGCAAACAUGGAGUGACUGUCUUCUGGGAAGAAGACAACUCUCUAACGAUUGAACUUCCUGAGAAGUAUCGAGAUCAGACCUGUGGACUCUGUGGAGACUUCAACGGCAACAUAAUUGAUGAUAUCGCUGUUCAUGGUCCAUCCACAUGGAGGGUGUCCAUAUCGACUGAAACCUGUGAGGAAGUUACACUUCAACCCACUGAUCAGUGCAACCAGACAAGCAUUUGCCAGCAGUAUCUCGCCAGUCCAGGGUUUAGUGACUGUCACAAUGUGAUGGACAUGAGUUCAUUUGAAACAGCCUGUGUAAACGACCUGUGUCAAUGUUACGGCAAUCACGACUGUCUCUGCAACACGCUGACAGAGAUUUCACGACAGUGCACACAUGCUGGAGGAAAACCAGGAAUAUGGAGGACAGAGCAGCUCUGCCCAAAGUCAUGUCCCCUAAACAUGCAAUACCUGGAGUGUGGUAGUCCGUGCAAGAACACCUGCUCAGAUCCAGGCACAAGUGUAAUGUGUAAAGAACACUGUGUGGACGGCUGUUUCUGCCCUGAAGGCACCGUGGAAGAUGACAUUGGUCAGAGUGGCUGUGUACCUGUGAACCAGUGCCCAUGUGUUCACGAUAGCACAGUAUAUCAACCAGGAGAGUCUUACAAACAAGCUUGUAAAAAAUGUGUGUGUGCCGCGGGACACUGGACCUGUACAUACCUGGAAUGUCCUGGAAUCUGCUCUGUUGUGGGAGGGUCUCAUGUCACCACUUAUGAUGGAAAGAGCUUCACCUUUAGCGGCAACUGUGACUACAUCCUCACUAAGCACUCUAAUGACAGUGAUUUUGCUGUCGUGGGAAAUCUGGCAAAGUGUGAUUCGGCCCGAAAAGACACAUGUCUAAAUUCAGUUACCCUUGUCAUCUCGGGGAACUCUAUUAGUUUUUCCUCCACUGGAACUGUGGCACUGAAUGGAAUCAGUCUUGUGCUUCCUGCUACCACAGGUCCUGUAAGCAUCUUCCAGCCCUCUUCCUCCUACAUUAUUGCUGAUUUGAAGAGUCUUCGUCUAGAGAUCCAGUUGGCUCCAGUCAUGCAGUUGUAUAUUGUAGCCAGCACUGAAGAGAAAGGGAAAUUGAGUGGUCUGUGUGGAAACUAUAAUGAUGUCCAAACAGAUGACUUUAAAACAGAUUCAGGCAUUAUAGAGGGCACACCAACCACCUUUGUCAACUUUUGGAAACUCAAUUGUCCAGAUCUUGAAAUCACAUUUGACAACCCCUGCAGCCUGAAUAUGGACACAGUUCAACUUGCAAAAGACUGGUGUUCCCGUCUCACAAACCCAAAUGAAACCUUUUCCGCAUGUCACUCAGAAAUAAACCCUGAGAUGUACUACCAAUGGUGUGUCUAUGACACCUGCAAGUGUGCAGAUAUUAAGAAGUGUAUGUGUGCGGCCAUGUCCACCUAUGCCCACGCAUGUGCUGCCAAAGGGGUCGUUCUCAAGGGAUGGAUGGAUUCAGACCCUUGUGACAUGAUUUCGAAGUGUGAAGGGAACAUGAAGUACUCCUACAGCGUGACCAGCUGUGACAACACCUGCCGCUCUCUAAGUGUACAAGAUAACACCUGCCAAGGGUCCUUUAUACCUGUAGAUGGCUGUGUCUGUUCUGAGGGAACAUAUCUUAAUGAAGCUGGCAGCUGUGUACCUGCUCACCAGUGUCCUUGCUACUAUGAGAACCAAGUCAUAGAGCCAUCCGGAGUGUACUACAAAGAUGGUGCUAAAUGCACCUGUAACUCUGGCAAAUUGCACUGCACCAGUCAAGCAGACUGUGUGGCUCCGAUGACAUUCUUCAAAUGCUCAUAUCCUGGAGAAAAAGGGACAGAGUGUCAGAGGACAUGUGAGAAACAAGACCCAAAUAACUGCGUGAGCACAGGGUGUAUAUCAGGGUGUAUGUGUCUAAAUGGCCUUCUGGCUGAUGGCAAAGGUGGGUGUGUGGAGAAGGAAAAAUGCCCCUGUACCCACAAUGGAGCCAACUAUUCACCUGGAGACGAAGUUCAACAGGACUGUAACACCUGCACAUGCACAAAUGGGAUGUGGAUUUGUACAGAAAAGGAAUGCUACGGCACCUGUACCAUCUACGGUGAAGGUCAUUUCAAGACUUUUGAUGGCAAGAGAUAUUCCUUCCACGGAGACUGUGAACACACCAUAGCCCAUGAUUAUUGCGAUGCAAACGACAAUCCCUCUUUCCGCCUGGUCACAGAGAACAUCCCCUGCGCCACCUCCAACACUAUUUGCUCCAAGUCCAUCAAUCUUUUCUUUGGGAGAUAUGAGUUGAUUUUAUCAAAGGAGGGUGGAAUUAAAGUUGUUGAAGGCAAUGGCACAGAUUACAGAUAUCAAAUCCAUUCUGCGGUCCUAUAUGUUGUCAUAGAGGUCAAAGGUCUUUUGAACUUGAUCUGGGACAAUAAAACGAGUGUGAUGAUCCAACUCCAUCACAAAUUAAAGGGCAAGGUGUGUGGACUGUGUGGAAACUUUGAUGGCAAUGCGAACAAUGACUUCAUGAAGAACAAUGGAGAAGUGGUGACGGAUCCAGAGAAAUUUGGGAAUAGCUGGAAGGUGAAGUCCGACUGCCCAGAUGUGACAAACGUGAUGCAUCCUUGUGACGCAAAUCCAAAGCGGCGUCCCUGGGCUGAAAAACAAUGCGGGAUCAUUCUGAGCUCUGUCUUUAAAGACUGCCAUUCGCCUGUGGACUCUGGCCCAUACUAUGAUGCCUGUGUAAGGGACACCUGUGCAUGUGACAGCGGGGGUGACUGUGAUUGUGUCUGUACCGCAGUGGCAGCUUAUGCUGCUGAAUGCCGUAAAAAAGAAGUUUGUGUGGCAUGGAGGAGGCCAGACUUUUGCCCUGUAUUCUGUGACUACUACAAUGCUCAUGGAGAAUGUGAGUGGCACUAUAAAACCUGUGGAUCGACCUGCAUGAAAACCUGCAAAAACCCCUCAGGAACUUGCUCUGAUCAAAUUCCUCAGCUUGAGGGUUGUUUUCUUCAGUGCCCUUCAGAAAGGCCAUAUCUCAGGGAGGAAACCAUGAAGUGUGUUACAGAAGAAGGAUGUAAAGGCUGUUUCUAUGAUGGGAAGGUAUUUCCACCUGGAUCUGUCAUUUACCACACCACAGAUGGGAAUGGUGCAUGUUUCACUGCUCUGUGUGAUUCAAAUGGGGAAAUAAGAAGAAUACUGAAUACUGACUGCAUCUCAACAACAACACCUUUCUCUUUCACAACUACAACUGAAACUAGUAAAACAACAACCACAACUAUGACCACAACUACUAUGUCAACUACAACCACAGAAUCCACAUCAACAAAAACAUCUACAGUUACCGUAACAUCACCAACAGUCACAACAACUCCCACAUCAGAGACAUCUACAAUCACAUCCACUACUACCACUUCAACACCUACAACUGUUACAGUAACAACACCUACAUCAACAGGAACAACACCUACAACUGUUACAGUAACAACACCUACAUCAACAGAAACAACACCUACAACUGUUACAGUAACAACACCUACAUCAACAGAAACAACACCUACAACUGUUACAGUAACAACACCUACAUCAACAGAAACAACACCUACAACUGUUACAGUAACAACACCUACAUCAACAGAAACAACACCUACAACUGUUACAGUAACAACACCUACAUCAACAAAAACAACAACAUGUUAUUAUAGGUGCAUAUGGUCAGAUUGGAUUGAUAGCAACACACCCAGUACAGAACCCCAAGGAUUCGAAACCGAAUCGAUCAAUGCGUUGUGGAAUUCAAAAAAGAUUACCUGUCAAAGCCCUGGAGAGAUUGAAUGUAGGGCAGUAAACUAUCCAGAAAAGUCCCUGGAUGAUUUGGGUCAACUACUGUAUUGCAAUACAUCAUUUGGACUGUCGUGUUCAAAUGAAGACAAUGCAGCUGGCAUGCCACCACUUUGUUAUAAUUAUGAAAUCCGUGUAAAAUGUUGUGAAGGCAACAUCGACUGUGAAACAACACCUACAUCAACAGAAACAACAUCUACAACUAUUACGACAACACCUACAUCAACAGAAACAACAUCUACAACUAUUACGACAACACCCACAUCAACAGAAACAACACCUACAACUGUAACAACAACACCUACAUCAACAGAAACAACACCUACAACUGUUACAGUAACAACACCUACAUCAACAGAAACAACACCUACAACUGUUACAGUAACAACACCCACAUCAACAGAAACAACACCUACAACUGUAACAACAACACCUACAUCAACAGAAACAACACCUACAACUGUUACAGUAACAACACCUACAUCAACAGAAACAACACCUACAACUGUUACAGUAACAACACCUACAUCAACAGAAACAACACCUACAUCAACAAAAACAACAACAUGUUAUUAUAGGUGCAUAUGGUCAGAUUGGAUUGAUAGCAACACACCCAGUACAGAACCCCAAGGAUUCGAAACCGAAUCGAUCAAUGCGUUGUGGAAUUCAAAAAAGAUUACCUGUCAAAGCCCUGGAGAGAUUGAAUGUAGGGCAGUAAACUAUCCAGAAAAGUCCCUGGAUGAUUUGGGUCAACUACUGUAUUGCAAUACAUCAUUUGGACUGUCGUGUUCAAAUGAAGACAAUGCAGCUGGCAUGCCACCACUUUGUUAUAAUUAUGAAAUCCGUGUAAAAUGUUGUGAAGGCAACAUUGACUGUGAAACAACACCUACAUCAACAGAAACAACACCUACAUCAACAGAAACAACACCUACAACUCCCUGGAGAGAUUGA